UAUGUGUUAUGUGUUAUGUGUUAUGUGUUAUGUGUUAUGUGUUAUGUGUUAUGUGUGGUGUUGGCGGGCAAAAGCUCCGGCAUGACAAAGACGAUUAUUCAUAAAUUCGUGACACCUGUCCUGUCUCUAUUAAUUUGUAAAUACCCGCAAAACCCGGGGAAGCCUCGCCGACUCCAGACUUUGGGUCGACGAAAAUGUUUCGGAAUGCGUGAGAUAAGCAUUUAUUUUUAUUUUUCGUCGCAGUCACGAUGACGGCAUUCGCAAACAAUAGUUGAC